AUGGCGUCUGGCAUCCGCUUCUCCAGCCCGACGCGGAGACAGUUUCAUUCCGCCGCUACGACCGUCACCCGCGUUUCGGCACCUGUCCUCCGGGUUCUGUCUGCCUUUGCGGCUCGAUUCGUUUCCCGAGAGUUCCUCUUUGCCAUAUGCGUCGUCGCCAUCAUCAGCAGCAAGCUGGUCCACAUAUACGCCCAUCUCACGGCGCUUGCCUUCUCCUCCAUAUCGCAUUGGGGCCUCACCUUCUUCACACAAGAUAGCAUCUUCUUAAUAAUAAUACGGCUGUUGCUCGAUACGGAGAUCUACCCAUGGCGGUGGCUGCGCAUCCUUCUCACAACGCUGGCCUCACUUAUCGUCAUGGCUGUGCUGCUCCUGGCGGCUGUCAACAACUCAUUCUUUGUCGUUGCAGGCUCUGAACCGCAUUGGCGCAAUGCUGGCUUGGCUAGCAACGCCUCUUCUUGGAAACUGGCAGUCACUGGACUGUUUACGUGCCUGAUCGUGUUGGCUAUCAUUCUGGGCAUCAGUUGGGUGACUCAGGAUAUUUUCUACUACCUGGCUGGCCUUGUCGUGGACCUGCUCAAGUGGCCCUUUACCUUCGUAUACAACCUGAUCCCCUACCGCGUACGCCCCGCGGUAAAUGUCGGAUAUGCUCACAUCCCGCAGCAAGAUCUCGAGGGUGGAUCUGAGCUUAUGGGCAAAGAGGACGACGAGGUUGACACCAGCGGCACUUCCAGCGGCUCCAGCGGCUCCAGCGUCAUCUCUGAUAAUCGCCGCAAGUCGAAAUGGACCACUGCUCUCUAUGUUCUCGUCGGCUUCACACUGUUCCUUCAGAUCCUGCUGUAUAUUGUCCGGCCGAACGAAGGAUCUUAUGCCUACAUGUCGUGGACAUUGCCGCUGAUACCCUUUGCGGAUUUUGCUCACUCAUCGCCUAUUCUAGCUACGCUCACUCCCGUCUACGAUAACAGCAUUGGUUGGAACUGGGAUAACCGUACCGCGCUGGUCGAGCCGAUUCGAUGGGAGUGGCUGCCAAAGGAACCCCUCGCAGGGUUUGAAGAUUGGUACGAUCAGGAGCAGACCCACUACCGUGCUUCCCAGGAUCCCCUGAAAAUAUCCAACCUCAAGAACGAUCUCCUCCCCGAGCUUCGUGACAGACUGGCAAACAUCACUAUCAAGAACGUUGUGCUCAUCAAACUCGAAAGCACGAGAAAAGAUGCCUUCCCUGUCAAGAAGGAUGGCUUGUUCUAUCAGCUUGCGGUAGAAUCGUUCGAGAACGGUACACUCCCGAAGACGGCCGAGAAGAAGAUAUCAACGCUCACCCCCACCGCCAACUUCCUGACGGGAGAUUACGAGGAUGGCUUUGAACACAAGGAAAAGAAGCGACGGGGCGGUCUCAACGCCAACAACUGUCACACAACCGCCAGUUACACCCUCAAGAGCCUGACUGGUACACUCUGCGGACUGUCACCCCUUGUCGCCGAUUUCAAUGCUGAAGUAUCGCAUCACAUCUACCAACCCUGCUUGACUCAUAUCUUUGAUGCCAUGAACCUUGGCCUCGCGAAUUCUUCCAAGGACGCCGACAAGAACGACUUUACCACCCACAAGUGGAAGUCUUCCUUUAUGAUGUCGGUGACAAAUGGGUUUGAUAAGCAGGAUCAGCUCAUGGUUCAGCUUGGUUUCCCAGAGAACAACACUGUUUCGAAGGAAUACCUCAAGAGUGACGACGCCAAGUUUGGACCGGUGGAUGAAGAGGACAUCAACUACUACGGAAUGCCCGAGUACGUCAUCGAAGAUUACAUCCGCGAUGCAUUCAAGACGGCCAAGGAGAAUAAUGAGCGAGUGUUUUUGACGCACUUGACCAGCACCACACACCAUCCUUUUGGGCUCCCUGAAGGGAUAGACCAUGUGCCUAUUACUAGCGAAGACAGCACCAAGCUGGACAAUGUAUCGAAAUACCUCAACGCUAUUGGAUUUGUCGAUGGCUGGCUCCAAAAGAUUCUGGAUGUUCUGGAUGAGGAAGGCGUUGCUGAUGAGACGCUGGUUAUCUUUGUUGGCGACCAUGGCCUCUCGGUCCCGGAAAACGAUGGCAUUACGCCGUACUAUAACUCAAACAUUGGCAACUUCCACGUCCCGCUGGUCUUCUCGCACCCUCAGCUACCUGCCAUUGACAUCGACGACGCAGUUGUUUCGUACCAGAUUCUGCCUACGAUCCUCGAUAUGCUACUUGAGACCGGCUCGCUCUCUCCAUCCCAGACUGGCAUCGCAAAAGACAUGAUUGACAACUACGAAGGACAGUCAAUGCUGCGAGAGCUCAUCAACUACAACGAAAAGACGCACCAACCCAACUGGCAAUUCACCGUCAUGAACCCUGGACGAGCAACUGUUGCUGUUCGUGACUCGCUCGAACCACACUGGAGGCUCACGGUGCCCAUCAUCGAGAACACUGAGUGGCGCUUCACCGACUUGGAUACAGAGCCCCAUGAGGAGAAGCAUCUCGUUGCUUUUGAAUUUGCCGAGUUUUUGAGCAAAAUUGAGCAGGAGAGGUCACCUGAAGCAGCUCAAUGGGCUGAGCAAGCUGCGUUUGUCGCACGAUGGUGGGUUGAAGAGAACAGUUUGCGCUGGCACUACACCCCAUAA